UGAUAAUGUCAAUCAAUAUACCCUAAUAUAAAUUAACUAUUCCCUUAUAAAAUCUCAAUCACAUGAUACUUCGGUAACUAUAAGGAUCUUACUCACUCGUAAACGUCGCAUAUUCAUUAUAUGACUAUAUACUGCAGAAAGAUCAUGGCGAUUUUCACACCGAAUAUGCUGCGUAUGUUGCUGGUGUUUGGACUCACGGUGACCAGCAUCGCAGACCCUAUUGAUAACACGUGUUAUCCCUGUGUAUGUAUUUCGAACAAUGAACAAGAUUUGUACAGAGUGGACUGUAGAUCUAAUGCAAAACUUGCAGGGAGAUUGCCACAAUUUAAGUACAUUAAUGAAAGUCAGAUUAUUUCCCUGAACAUGUCGGGUACAAGCCUCUAUAAUUUGAAAAACCAAACACAAACGCCUUUUGAAAAUUACAGCAGCUUACAAGAACUGGAUUUGUACAACACCUCAGUUGAUUCAUUUAAGAACAGUAUUGCAACAUUUAAAAACGAUACUUUCAAAGGCCUUGAAAAACUGCAAUUUCUCAAUAUGGCGCAUAACGAAGAAUUCCCAAUUACAAAUAAAAGUGACAGUAACAUGUUUGUACGUUUAAAGUCUCUGAAGAAACUUAUUAUAUACCAAAAUAACUUGGUACCAAGCGGAAAUAUUGGUUAUCCUGGUAAUAUCUUGAAACAUAUACCCACUUUAGAAGAGUUAUGGAUCGACGGGUUUUCAGUUGCUCCCUUUGGAAAAGAGUUUCGGAAUAUGUCAAACUUAACAAUUCUUCGAAUAUCCGGUGACUUGAUUAGGCCAAUAUGGCAGUAUAAAGAUUUCUGUGCAAUGCAAACAAUCGAUGACCACACAUUUGGAAAUUUGCUGUUUGUCCGAAAUUUAUCAAUCAUAAACUGCGGCGUACAAAAUAUUUUGAGCAAUGCCUUUAUAAAAAUGACCCAUCUCAGGAUGCUUGAUCUGUCUAUGAAUGAUGGGUUGAACUUAAAUAAUAUCUUCGGCUUGCAAAGUCUUAAUUCAGGACUAGAAGUUCUUAUUUUAGACAAUUUUAAAAAUAAAAACAAAGUAGAAUGCCCACUCUCAAUUACGACAUCGACAGCAAAAUUGCUUCAGAACUUGACAGCUCUAAAAAUGCUAUCAUUAGAUAAUAACAAGAUAUCAGAAAUUGACAAAGACGCGUUUGAAAUUUUACCAAAGUCUCUAGAACAUAUACGAGUGAGAAGAAAUAGAUUUGAGCUGGGAUAUUAUCUGCUCUAUGCAUACCAGAUGCCAAAUUUAACGAAACUCGAGGCAUCAUUUACCCAUAUGGAUCUCCAGUUUUCUGUUAUGCAAGGAAAUUACAAAUCCGAUUCUUCACCUCGUCAAAAGCAUUUACAUGAACAAAUUACAACUACUGGUUCCAUAAAUAACCAUUUCAGAACCUACGCAGGACAUAACACGGAAUCAGACUGCCCAAAACCGUUAUUAUACUAUAUUCCAACUAUAACAAUAACCGCUUUUCUACCACCAAAGCUAGAAUAUAUCGAUAUAAGUCAUUGUAAGAUUGGAUUUCCAAUAUAUGAUUUUUAUAUAGAUUCUAACAACUCAUUGACAACAGUCCUUGCUUCUAGUUCGCUGCUUUACUGCUGGGCAGGACCAAUACACGGCGUAGAAAAAGUCGAAAUAAUUGAUCUCAGCAACAAUUUUUGUUCAAGUGUUGAUUUAGAGUUCUUUACAGGCUUUCCGAAUCUUAAACGUUUACACCUCGAACGCAAUUAUCUGUAUUUUGUUGUUGCAUAUAAAAAAAUAUUUCAAAUAAAUAACAAACUUGAGUACAUUGACUUGUCUGUUAACCGAAUCAAUAACAUCCAUAAAGAAUUGUUUAAAAAUCAGACCAAUAUGAAAUGGUUGAAUUUAUCAAAGAAUAAUUUAAUGGGUUUUGAACAUAAGAUAUCUCACAUGCUGUCACUUCAGGUUUUAAAUCUAUCGGAUAAUCACAUUAUGACACUAAGUAAAGUGUUUCGUUCUGACCUAGAAAGCAUUGUGUCAUCAAGGAACAACAUAACUUUGACGGCGGAUCUGACCGAGAAUGUCAUAAGCUGUUCAUGUGACAACCUGGAAGUAUUGGAGUGGAUACUGGAACACACACUUCCAACUUCAAGUUUGUUGAUUCUUAAAAUGACGACAUGCUAUUAUACUCAUAAUGUCUCUUCAGGUCUUCCUAAACAUGUUCUUAUCAGGAGCAAGGCAGAUCUGUUCUUCCAAGUUUCCUUUCUGCAAAAGUUUUGUAUGUCAUACACGCCGCUUCUGAUUUCAUUGGUUGUCUUACUCUUUUUUAUCUUUAAUAUCAUCAUUGGUGCAAUCAUACAUCGGUUUAGAUGGAAGAUAAGGUAUUGGUAUUAUGUUGGAAACAACAAAGACUUUAGUCCUAACGGCUACACAUCUAUCGAAGGUUCGUUACAAUUUCAACGAUUUAAAUACGAUAUAUGCCUGGUUUAUGAGGAAGACGCUCGUGAAUUUGUUUUGGAAAUACUGAGGCCAAAACUCGAAGAACAUGAAUAUGUUGUGUUUGCACAUGACGACAUUCUGGAAGGACUACCGCUUUGCAACGUUCUGACAAAAUCUAUCCAUGCGAGUCGCGCUGUUGUGUUUGUGUUGUCAAAGGGGUCAAGAGAAAGUUUGGAAUGGAAGAUUGCUGCACAUAUGACCAAUGAAGAAUCAAAUCACAGAGGAAAGUCAAUAUCUUUGGCGAUGUUCUAUGAUUCCAGCUCAACAAGGGGACUACCGGAGAAUUUACAGCUGUUACGGCAGGAUGAUUUUAUCGAUUACCCUAUCAACGGUAGUGAAGAUGAAUUGUCAGCAUUUGUAGAAGACUUCAAAGCUAAAUUGAGUGCUAUAGUUACUACGACAGUGUAAUUUAGUAAUCAUUUAGUCAUACUUCACAAAAAUGCCAUAUUGGUAGAUCUUGAUACAAUUAUAUGUGUUUGUAACAUUCCUGUCAUAAUAUCCCAUCUGUAUUUCUAUCUCGUAGAUUGUGUACGGCCGAUAUAAUGCCAUGUUUUUGUUCUAUGUUUAAAGAAUCGUUAAAAUGUGUUUGUGAAGCAUGUUUAUAUUUUGAAUGAUAUACUUUUAAAUUAUCGGCAUUUUUAUUUUCAAUACACUUAUAAACCUUAUAUUAAAACACUAUUUGUAUAUACUAUUUAAUUGUUUAUUGUUCAACUGGUUUAUAUAUUCAACAUUGGCCCCCAAUAGUUGUUGAAUCUUUAGGAAUCCACCAAAGUGUAAACGGAUAAAAAUCGUGUUAUCUAAAGUGUUGUCAGUGUUGCAAUACAUUAACAAUUGACAGAUAACAUAACGUGUUUCAAACAUAAUGGAAAAUACCAUCGCCUAACUUUAUUUGUAUUAUUAUUUCGGAAAGUAAAACAUGUAUGCAUGUUCGCUCCAUACCUCAUUUUGACAUAAAGGCGCAAAUGAAGUGAGUCUACACUUCACGUUUAUGUCAAAUGUACAUCGGAGACAACUAUAGUGUUAACACAUGUGUUUGAUAUAUUAUUCAUGCAUGAAAAAUAAUGAAUGUUGUCGUGAUUCCCCUGAUUCGAAUCAACAUGACAAAUGACGGCGCUUUGACAGUAUUGCACACAAUAUGCAUUUUGCCUCUUGCAAUAAUUCACGUUGUUGCGGACAGUCUUUGUUGUCACAACGGACGGAAAAACGACAACAGGGAUUUGCAGACAGACAAACAAACAACAGAGAAAAAACAGUUGCUGAAUGUGUAUUCUAUAUGUCAUGUUUAUGAUUCCAUGUUUAAGUGUUCCAAUUUGAAGCUUUGUUGUAUUUCACAAAUAAACACGAUAAAAAUCA